UAUCUACGUAGUCUUUUUCCGGUGCUGGAUGACUAUAUUAUAAAGGCGACAUUAUCUUAUCGUUGUUUAAAAGCAUUUGAUUGCAUAACAAUAUUCGUGAAUUAGGCGAUGUGAGUUAUGCGCAUUCUACUCAGGCCAUUUAUUGCGUCCAGACAAGUAGCGGGGCAGCAACUAAACAAUAAGGUGAUACCAUUAAAGCUUAGACAUCCAUUUACAACAGCUUUAGUGUGGAGAGCAAUGGAGGAUAAAGAAGCCUUGAAAAAGCGUUUAACGCCACUGCAAUACCAUGUCACUCAAGAAGCUGGAACUGAACGACCAUUUACAGGGUGCUAUAAUAAAUUUUAUGAAGAAGGACUGUAUGUAUGUGUAGUCUGCAGACAGGACUUGUUUAGUUCUAAAACUAAGUUUGACUCUGGUUGUGGCUGGCCUGCUUUCAAUGAUUGCCUAGCUAAAGAUAAAGUCACUUUGCACCAGGAUACAAGUGCAGUUGGAGCGAAUAUAUUACUAGUUUUAACACGGCCAGGUUUGGUGCGAACUGAGGUGCGAUGCUCCAAGUGCUCCGCUCACCUGGGCCACGUGUUCGAUGAUGGGCGGGCGCCCACCAAGAAACGUUUUUGUAUUAAUUCUGCCUCGAUGGACUUCAUACCAGCCGAAGAAAGGAAGGAUUAGCUUGUCUCUAAUGUUUUUGAAAGUAAUAAUGUAGAAAUGUUACCGAUACUUUAAAAUAUAAAUGUGUAAACGGAUAAGACAUGUAAAAUAAAAAUACAAAAUCCAGUCCCAAGCCCACGCAACGUGUAACUCAAACCUGAUAGAUUCCAAAUUAUUUUAUUAAAACGAACAACAAACGAACGAACAUGUAUUGAUAUAUUUUAUAAAAUAAUUUGUCUUGUUGUAUAGGUACCUAACUUGUCAUAUGUAUACCUAACUUCUCGAUUUGAUGAUUAAUGAUAUUCCUAAGUCGCCAUGUUGCAUUUUUUACUUUUAAAUUGUAAUACUUAAAGUAAUAAAAAGUUCAAGCUGUUUAUUGAGUGUCGACUUUCGACUCAAUUGCCUAAAGCUAGUCCUUUUGAAUUGUUACACGUUGACACUAGACAAAAGAUGAUAAAGACAGUGACAGUCCACAUGUCUGUUGUGACACUGAUAAAGAGGGGGCUAAUAGCAAAAUUGUAGUUUUUAUAUUAAUUAUUAGAGCCUCCGCUAGCUGGCGCGGGUGCACGGAGCUGACGAGCGGGUUAACGAAAAAUAGUAUGGGAGACGCUAACUGAAGCGGACGUGUGCGGCGGAUUUAACCUACAAAUAGCACCCGCGUACGUGCGCACGCGGCGGGCGUCAUCAGCUAGCGUAGGCCCUUACACGUUUUAAUCAAGGGCUAAUGCCGCGAAAAUCUCUGAAGCUAGACUAUAUUUGGGAGCGCAGACUCUAAACAAAACCUUAAAAUGUUAAAGUUGACGAGAUUGAAAAAAAUCACGAAAACAUACCUAAUUUUUAUUUCAAAUAUCAAAUAUCAAACAUUUAUUCAGCAAAUAGGCCACAGGGGCACUUUUACAUGUCCAUUUUUACAAACAAUAAAUUUAAAAAAAAACAAUUACAAAUAUCGAAUCUAUGAAAUAAUAAAUACUUUAUUAGAGAUGUAUACUGUCUCUAAAUGUCAAAUUACACAAAAAAAACUAUGAUAAAAAAAUAAAACCAUAAAAUACUAAAAUUCUUUAGAGAUGUAUAAGUCUCUAAGUGUCAGAGAUAAAAUAUAAAAAAUAUAUUAAAUUAUCCUUGGAGAUGUAGAGGGUCGCCAAGGCUUGAAUUCUUAUAUAAAUAAUUAUAAAUAAAUAAAUAAAUAAAUAAAUAAAUAUAAUAGGACAUUAUUACACAAAUUGACUAAGUCCCACAGUAAGCUCAAUAAGGCUUGUGUUGAGGGUACUUAGACAACGAUAUAUAUAAUAUAUAAAUAUUUAUAAAUACUUAAAUACAUAGAAAACACCCAUGACUCAGGAACAAAUAUCCAUGCUCAUCACACGAAUACAUGCCCUUACCAGGAUUUGAACCCGGGACCAUCAGCUUCGUAGGCAGGGUUACUACCCACUAGGCCAAACCGGUCGUCAAAUAAUUAAAAGACAAAAAAAUUAAAACAGACAAGAACCGAAUGAAGUGUCUCACGUUAAUGUCACUCAAAAGUAAAGUUACAUACUUUAACAUAACCUGUACCCCGUGUAAGCUUAAACAGACCGGUCUCCACAAACAAUUUGUUUUCAAUUGUAUAUCGUUAUUCUGCAUACCAUAGCAGUGUAAUUUUACAUUAUACAUAUAAACAAAAGUAUACUUUUAGGGUAAUUAAGGUAAAUUUAAUUUCUAAUUUCCUGGCUUUACGCCCUCUCUUAAUUGCAAACCUAACAUUGUCAAUUUUAUAUUUACAUACAGUGUACCUUAGAGUAAUAACGAGUCAAUAUUAUUUAGUUAUUAUGCAAGAGUGCAAAGUUGUAGAUGUUUACUGAUAAGUGAUAACCUAGUGAAAGAAACUGAAACCAACCCACAUGAUUCGCAAGUGGUGCUAAAAUAUAAACCUUUGCCGCUGCGAGGCCCUUGAGGCUCGAUAUAAUAAACAACUUUGCUCUCGAGCGAAAUACAACAAUUUUCAACUCACCAGUUAAAUAAAUAAGUUUCUUUUUAUCAACACCUCAAUUCAGUCAGAUAGUGUUGUAAUAAGUGUAGUAGUCAUCAUAAAGUUACCACAAUUGUUUUGUCAUUGUUUUUUAUUUACAUGUGUUAGAUUAAUUUUAAGAGCGAUUUUAACAAGAAUACCUAUUUAUUAACUAUAUAUUUACUUCGACCGAGAUGAAUAUUUUUUGUCUAAUUGAUAAUGUCAAAAUAACUGAAAUAUAAUAUUUUUUAUGUA